UCAAAAAUCCUGAUCGUUACUCAGGAAGAGAAGACACUGACUCUGCUGUGCCGGGUUUUAUCGGGAGUGUGCGGUGUGCGGGAAGCUGACAGCGCGGGCUCGGCUCGAAUCGGUGACCCAGCUCAGCGAGGGCGUUUGGAGGAAGCUGCUGUCCAAUUGCAGCAGAUUUUCCGGAUUGACAUUUCCAUUGCAUUGAAUAUCCUCGGGAUUGAAAGCAUGAGAGCAGGCCGUCACAGGAUAGCCUUUACCUGCUUCAAACUGGCAGCAGAUCGAGGCUACAGCAAAGCCCAGUUCAACGUGGGUCUGUGUUACGAGCAUGGCAGAGGCACAGAAAAAGACUUGGAAAAGGCAGCUUUUUAUUACUACCAGGCGGCCAGCAGCUGUCACCCCAUGGCACAGUACCGCUACGCUAGGUACCUCCUGUGGCACAGGCCUGAAAACGAAUGGGACAGGCAUCGGGAGGCAGUGACUUUCCUGGAGCAAGCAGCAGUGGCUGGGAUUACAGAGGCACAGGCUUAUCUUGGAGUGUUCUACCUGAGGGGGCUGCAACCUAAGGAGAAGAGAGGUCUGAAGUACCUGCUGCUGGCAGCGAAAAACGGCGAUGCCCAAAGCAGGUAUCACGUGGGCGUUUGCUAUGAGAAGGGCCUUGGAGUGCAGCAGAACCUGGCAGAAGCGAUGAGACACUACCGAGAGGCAGCUGCUGCGGGGAACGGGAACGCUCGGGAGAGGCUGCGAGUGUUAGAAGAGGAGGUGGAAGAUGUGCGAACAGAGAAUCCGUUCCCUUCUGGAAUAAGAGCCUCUUCCUCUAGCCCCUGUUUCUGGGCUACUGAGCGUGUGCCUGCAGGCCUCCACGCCACCCAGCCCGGACAACCUGCCCUCGCCCUGCCCCACUCUCGGAGUGCAGAGGGGCUCCACACGAUGCUGCUCAGCGGUGCGGGAUGGAGCCGUGCCCUGGGAAACAGGGCACCGCCGCUGGAGCUGCACUGCUUGAAGCCCCACCGCUGCUGUUAUUAG